AUGGCUGGCUGUCCGGACCUAUCAGAAACACAAAGACGCGAGAUUUUGGCGCCUUGUAACACAAGCUCUGGAGAGCCGCUUACGUCGUUCCCUCGCUUAUUAAUCAACAACUCGGCAAAGAUGACUGAGAACAGCAUCAAGUUACAUCCCGCGGCUGCAGGCUUUCCAUGGCAUUCUACUAUCCCAGUGCUGAGGCAAAACAAACACUGGAAAUCCGUAAUUUCGAUGACCACCAAGCUUCUAAAUCUAUUUGCAGAGGACGACUUUGCUCAUGCAAUUCUUCACAGAGGGUCUAGGUUGCAUGCAAAGAUUGCGAAACAGGAGAUACACGGCGUAAAUCACAAUUGGUCUCGAUUUUCUUUGUAUAUGUGGCCCGCCGCUGAUAAGAGGAGGCUCGAGCUCAUGUCCGCCACUAUGGCCUUCAUAUUCAUCAUCGAUGGAUCGCAGUCUAAUUUUCUUCAAGAUGUUUGGGAGAUGCAGGAUGAAGAAACAAAUCGUAUCAUUCAGUCUGAAUGCAUUUCUUUGCUGAGACCACCGGACUCUGAGAUGGGUUCAUCAGAGCGGAAGAAGAAAGUCACACCCCUACAGACAAUGAUUACUCAGGUUAUACAAGGGCUUCAUGAGGAAGACUCUAAAGGUGGAAAUGGAGGAAAGGACAUCAUCAAGUGGUUAAUCGAGUAUUUUAAUCACCCUCCCCCAGACAAGGAGUACAGUACGCUCAGUGAGUUUCUCAACUAUCGCAUAGAUGAUGCCGCUGCCCAAUAUGUCUUCGCAUGUGCCAAAUUCUCCCUGAAUUCGAGUGUUCAGAUUGACAGUCCAGGUAUUAAACGCUUCAACAGACUUGCAUUAGAACAGAUCUGUUAUGCCAACGACCUUGGCUCGUAUGAGAAGGAGAAGGAGGCAUAUGAUCGAGGACAUGCCUUGUAUUUCAUUAACACGGUUGACGUGGUGAAGAGAUUGUUCAAGCUUCCAGAUGAUGCCACAGCAAAGUCGGCUACACUCGCACUUCAAAAGCAAACCGAGAUGGAGAUGGGAAGGGAGCUUAAUCUAGCGAUUGUCUAA